CAUGUACAUGUAUUUUGGCAAUGAAGCCAGCUUGGAUUGAGUAUUCGUUCAUCUUGAAAAAUUGUCUUAGCUGUUGGCCGUAAUCUCGAAAAUGUAUCCAUGGCAGAACGAGGAAGGCGUACGGAACAAAGCGAGAGCCUUGGAGGAACGUAGAGUAUCGAUAUUGGAACAGCUGGGCGAAGGCAAUGAUAUUGGCGUUCAGGAGUCCUUGCUAACAGAAUGGCUCGAGCUUGUGCGUGAAAGAGACCGCAUGCUGCGGGAGGAAGUUGAAGAGGUGAAUGAGAAGGCAAAAGUGGAAUGCCUGGUUGAUCUGCACCGUGUGCUCAAGGACCUAGGUGGUCUGGUGUCAACCGGCCAGGAGGAGGACGUGGCGCUACGACGUGACAUGGCCUCGCUCUAUCGGCAGGUCGAGACGUUUUGCACCGAGCACGCCAUUGCCACCGAGCCCAGCCCACCAGCGCAAGCCGCAUGUCCGCCGCCACCGCCUGCUCCACCCCUGCCGCCGCCACCGCUACCCCCGAUGACUAUGGGGGCCACGACUUUGUACAAAGCGAAGAGAAAGUCAACAGAGUCUGGUGAUGACACAAGAGAGGAUGGAGUUAACUGCCCUACCAGUGAAAACGAGCCCGCACUGAAGAAGGCGAAAGCCCCAACAACACCUACGCCGCGUUUCACCCAGCAGACGCCGUUCCGCCACGAGUCGCCGCUGCAAACGUUCAACAAGCACCUGAUCAUGUCAAUCUCCGGUGGCCUGGUCCAGCGCCAGCUCAAACGUACCAGCGGUGUGCGAUCGCCAGGUGGAACACCAGUGCGCAAGGAGCGACAGCUAGAUGCCAGCGAUCCGUGUGAUGCGAUUGCACUGGCGCUGCAGAAAAAGUUUCGCAACGUUCCCAUCCGCAGCCCCUUGACGCCUUGCGAUGAGAACAAUGCUGACGCGAGCAAUAUGUCAGAUGCAUUUGCGAGUCCCGUACUCGAACCCAGCAUGGCUAAGCGAGCGUCUGCUGGCUUAGUGACGGCCAGUGCUGAACAGUCACCCGCUGUGAAAGAAAACACCAACGAAAGCUUCGCCCACACCCUCUGAUUGUGGAACAAACUCGCACUAGACAGAGUACGCAGGAUGCCGUGCUGUAUUCCAUUUCUGCCAACGGAUCUGUUCCAUUCCAAAUUCAAAUUCUAUUCAAAUCAAUAUUUUGUGUCAUAGUGCUGUUUGUACGUGUUUCCAAAGUUCAACAAGACAUUCCUAACCCCUGUCUAAGCUCUACAUUAACCCUAUAAUGUGGUUCUGCAUCGAAAUAACACAACAACUGUCAUAAAACUGCUGGGACUUUCCUCUUCUCUCUUUUUCUCUUUUUUUGCUUUCGCUCAAUGUGCUCGACUAAAAAACAUUAUCGUACAGCUAAUCACUUCUGGCUUCUAUGCAUGAAACUUUUUUUCUGCACCGGUAUCCAUUAACAAUAUAACUAUUGAGCUCAGAGCUCGCAGCAAAGUUAGUCAUCAGGCGGCCAUGAAUUGGAGACCUCCGCCUUGCGGAGGAGCAGUGUCGCAAGACAGCGGCAGCUUGGCUUUGAAUUGAAAUAUUCAGCUAUUGAUCUCUGUUUUGCAUCAUGACUUCUGCUAUGAGGUCUCAUGGACAAACUCUGCAUGAAAUGA